AUGUGUCGGCCGUAUGUGACCGUGGCGUUCUGGAUCCUCCUCGUGGGACAUGUGUUGCCCGUCCUGCCCGUCCUGCCCGUCCUGCCCGUCCAGCCCGUCCUGCCCGUCCUGCCCGUCCAGCCCGUCCUGCCCGUCCUGCCCGUCCUGCCCGUCCUAACCGUCCUAACCGUCCUGCCCGUCCUGCCCGUCCUAACCGUCCUGCCCGUCCUAACCGUCCUAACCGUCCUGCCCGUCCUGCCCGUCCUGACCGUCCUGCCCGUCCUGCCCGUCCUGCCCGUCCUGCCCGUCCUGCCCGUCCUAACCGUCCUGCCCGUCCUGCCCGUCCUAACCGUCCUAACCGUCCUGCCCGUCCUAACCGUCCUAACCGUCCUGCCCGUCCUGCCCGUCCUGCCCGUCCUGCCCGUCCAGCCCGUCCUGCCCGUCCUGCCCGUCCUGCCCGUCCUGCCCGUCCAGCCCGUCCUGCCCGUCCUGCCCGUCCUGCCCGUCCAGCCCGUCCUGCCCGUCCUGCCCGUCCUGCCCGUCCUGCCCGUCCUAACCGUCCUAACCGUCCUGCCCGUCCUGCCCGUCCUAACCGUCCUGCCCGUCCUAACCGUCCUGCCCGUCCUGCCCGUCCUGCCCGUCCUAACCGUCCUGCCCGUCCUGCCCGUCCUGCCCGUCCUAACCGUCCUGCCCGUCCUGCCCGUCCUGCCCGUCCUGCCCGUCCUAACCGUCCUGCCCGUCCUGCCCGUCCUAACCGUCCUAACCGUCCUGCCCGUCCUGCCCGUCCUGCCCGUCCUGCCCGUCCAGCCCGUCCUGCCCGUCCUGCCCGUCCUGCCCGUCCUGCCCGUCCAGCCCGUCCUGCCCGUCCUGCCCGUCCUGCCCGUCCUGCCCGUCCUAACCGUCCUGCCCGUCCUGCCCGUCCUAACCGUCCUAACCGUCCUGCCCGUCCUGCCCGUCCUGCCCCCCGUCCUGCCCGUCCUGCCCGUCCUGCCCGUCCUGCCCGUCCAGCCCGUCCUGCCCGUCCUGCCCGUCCUGCCCGUCCAGCCCGUCCUGCCCGUCCUGCCCGUCCUGCCCGUCCUGCCCGUCCUAACCGUCCUAACCGUCCUGCCCGUCCUGCCCCCCGUCCUGCCCGUCCUGCCCGUCCUGCCCGUCCUGCCCGUCCAGCCCGUCCUGCCCGUCCUGCCCGUCCUGCCCGUCCUGCCCGUCCUGCCCGUCCUAACCGUCCUGCCCGUCCUGCCCGUCCUAACCGUCCUAACCGUCCUGCCCGUCCUGCCCGUCCUGCCCGUCCUGCCCGUCCUAACUGUCCUAACCGUCCUGCCCGUCCUAACCGUCCUGCCCGUCCUAACCGUCCUGCCCGUCCUGCCCGUCCUAACCGUCCUGCCCGUCCUGCCCGUCCUGCCCGUCCUAACCGUCCUGCCCGUCCUGCCCGUCCUGCCCGUCCUGCCCGUCCUAACCGUCCUAACCGUCCUGCCCGUCCUGCCCGUCCUGCCCGUCCAGCCCGUCCAGCCCGUCCAGCCCGUCCUGCCCGUCCUGCCCGUCCUGCCCGUCCUGCCCGUCCUGCCCGUCCUGCCCGUCCAGCCCGUCCUGCCCGUCCUGCCCGUCCUGCCCGUCCUGCCCGUCCUGCCCGUCCUAACCGUCCUACCCGUCCUGACCGUCCUGACCGUCCUGCCCGUCCUGCCCGUCCUGCCCGUCCUAACCGUCCUGCCCGUCCUGCCCGUCCUGCCCGUCCUAACCGUCCUAACCGUCCUGCCCGUCCUAACCGUCCUGCCCGUCCUGCCCGUCCUGCCCGUCCUAACCGUCCUGCCCGUCCUGCCCGUCCUGCCCGUCCUGCCCGUCCUGCCCGUCCUGCCCGUCCUAACCGUCCUGCCCGUCCUGCCCGUCCUGCCCGUCCUAACCGUCCUGCCCGUCCUGCCCGUCCUAACCGUCCUGCCCGUCCUAACCGUCCUGCCCGUCCUAACCGUCCUAACCGUCCUAACCGUCCUGCCCGUCCUGCCCGUCCUAACCGUCCUGCCCGUCCUGCCCGUCCUAACCGUCCUGCCCGUCCUGCCCGUCCUGCCCGUCCUGCCCGUCCUAACCGUCCUGCCCGUCCUGCCCGUCCUGCCCGUCCUAACCGUCCUGCCCGUCCUGCCCGUCCUGACCGUCCUGCCCGUCCUGCCCGUCCUGCCCGUCCUAACCGUCCUGCCCGUCCUGCCCGUCCUGCCCGUCCUGCCCGUCCUUCCCGUCCUGCCCGUCCUGCCCGUCCUAACCGUCCUGCCCGUCCUAACCGUCCUGCCCGUCCUAACCGUCCUGCCCGUCCUGCCCGUCCUGCCCGUCCUGCCCGUCCUGCCCCAGGAGGAGGGAGGAGGAGGAGAGCGCUGGGACUGGAGCAGAAAGAGGCCGUUGUGUCUGGAGCAGGGGGGGGGGGCACAGGUGGUGUCAGGCCCAGGACGAGCAGCUGUGGGUGGGAUACAGGAGCGUCUGUGGCUGCCUCUGUGGGGCUCAGCAGCUGCCACGUGCUGGAGAGAAAUGUUUGUUUCUGUGGGCGGAGACUAG